AUGGCAGCCCCCAGUCCCCAGGUCUCCGGCCUCUGGUACGCCCUCCUCCUCCUCCUCCUCCUCUCCGGCUGCUCGCUGGCCUCCAAGCUCAAUGUGCCCAAAGUGCUGCUGCCUUACUCGCCGACCAUCAAAGUCAACUUCACCCUGGAGGCCGACGAGGGCUGCUACAGAUGGUACUCAACACGACCAGAUGUAGCAACCAUUGAACCUGAGUAUAAGAACGGUACCGAUUGCUCCCAAGCAGCUUUGAUAUCUGCCCGAUCAACUCAGCCCGUUCGCCUGACCAGUAUAAUUAUUGCUGAGGAGACAGUGACGGGCCAGAUAUUGCGCUGUGACACAAUGGUGGACGUUAUUAGUCAGAUUGAAAUCUUAUCCACAACAAGGGAGCUGUACGUGGAUGACUCCUUGUUAAAACUAACAGUCAGAGCUCUAGACGAAGAAGGUAACACUUUUAGCAGCCUGGAAGGAUUCUUUUUCGAGUGGAGCAUAGUGAAGAACGAAGAAUCGGAUACUCUGACCGAGUCACCGAGUAAAAUUAGAAUUCUGAAGUUUUCAGAAGCCACCUAUCUGCCACCUGCGUAUAUAGCAAAAAUGGAGACCGAAGGCAAACAGGGAGACAUCAUUCUUGUGUCGGGGUUAAUGACUGGCACUUCUACACUGAAAACCCGACUGCAAGAAGCAGUAUAUAAGACUGUCCCUCCUGCCAUGAUACGUCUUAUUAUCCUGGAAAACAUUAUUUUGAGUCCGUCUUAUGAUAUUUACCUCCUGGUAGGAGCCUUCAUUCGCUACAGAGUUACCAAAAUAGUGAACGGGAAAAUGACAGAAAUUGAGAUGCCCUCAGAUCAGUACAAACUGGAACUGCAGAAUCAUGUGGUUGACCCUGAUGGUGAAGAGGGGAAUCCAGUUGCAGAGCUGGAACCUAAUUCCUGCACCGUUACAGCACUUCAGAAAGGACAGGCUAGCAUAGUGCUUAUAUACAGGAACAUUCACAUGCAAACUCUCUCUCAUCUGCCGAACUGCACAAUAUAUGUAGUAGAAGCUGCUUUUCUGGGUUUUUCUGUUCUGCCCGGGGACAGAUGGGUGUUGGAGAUGGAAAGGAAGUAUGAAAUUACUGUGGAAGUGUACGACAAAAAAAGCAAUAAAGUUUAUUUGUCUGAUAAUUUAAGAAUUUCCACUACGCUGCCAGAAUUGCACUUUAGCUCCCUGGAUUUCUCUAAAAAUGGAUCUUACCAUUAUGUUGACAUUCUGUUGGAUGGACGGACAGUAAUUAACGCUUCUCUGUUUGGCGUGUUUGGGAAGAAUGACACAAAAUUGGAUCUACCUGUUCCCAUUACCGGUCACCAAGAUGUGAUUAUUUAUAAACCAAUAAUACUGAAGCCACGUAUCCUCGUGUUCCCCUGGCACCCCAAACCCCGAAGCUACCGUCACAUUAUUCAGGUUACCGGUGGAAGCGGGAAUUUUACCUGGUCGUCAUCUAAUGAAUCUGUUGCUAUGGUAACAGUGAAAGGCUUUAUCGCAACUGGUGAUAACAGAGGCUUCAGCAUCAUACAGGCUAGAGAUGUAGAAAAUCCUGUUCACUUUGGCGAAAUGACAGUAUAUGUUCUGAGGCCAGUCAGCAUUGAGUUUGUGCCAUCCAGAGUAGAGAUUGAGAUUGGUCAGGUUCUUGACCUUCCUAUCAUGGUGUACGGGCUCCUGGAAACAGACAACAUGGAAACUGUUCCCGUCAAUAACUGUACCCUAAUGAACAUAGAAGUGGAGGUGGACAAGCAAGGGGUGUUCAGAACCCUUGAAGGGAGACUAGAGCCAGGUGAUGAAUACUGUACUGGAAUACAAGUUCAGGGCGAGACACAAGGUCACACAUUGCUGACUGCCAGCUCUGGAUUUAUGCAGAUCCACUUUAGCAGCAGCAUCACUAUUGCUGCUUAUCAUCGGCUUCGGGCUAUAGAUCCCGUUUCUGUUGCUGUUGUUACACUGACGUCUUCAAAGGAAAUGCUGUUUGAAGGAGGACCUAGACCCUGGGUCCUGGAACCAUCAAGGUUCUUUGCAGACCUGAGCGGUGAAGAUUGGGCAAAGACGAUCAUUAAACAGCUACGAGCUCCACUGGUCAAAAAGAAGAACCAGCAUGGCUUUAGAGUCAUCUGCGUGGGCCUGGGAGAGCAGUUUUUGACCUUUCGAGUAGGUAACAAGCCAAGCUUACUGAAUCCCAACCCUGCUGUGGAGCCUGUUCAAGUAAAGUUUGUCUGUGCGAUGCCUACCAGUCUCACUUUGACUCCUGUUUACAAGCCACAUCAACUCAGUCUUCCGUGCCCUUUACUGCAGCACAACAAACAGUUGGUCCCCGUUUCUUUCUGCAGGAACAGUGUCCUGGAGCUGACUGCAUAUGACCAACACAGACGGAAAUUUGACAACUUCACCUCACUGCUGGUGAACUGGAAAUCGUCCAACAAUUCUCUAGCCAGCUUUCAUGUAACCAAACCCAUGGAAAUGAUCUCAAAAGAUGAUGGCAGUGGACAGAGGAGGCAACACGGGCAUCGGAUUGUUACAGUAUACCGCAGGAAAGGCACAGUGUCUGUCUCAGUGUGUUUUGUGGGUUAUCGAAAGACUGUUUCCCCAUCAACACUAAACACCGUUGAUGCUCCAUUUCUGCCUAUAUCGACCACCAUCGAUUUGUUACUGGUGGAUGACGUAUCCAUAGUCCCGGGUAACCUCACAAUAUACAAUCACCCUGAAAUUCUGGAAUUAAUUUAUUUAACUGAGGGUUCUGGAUAUUUUUUCAUUAAUACCACUAACAGCGAGAUAGUCAACAGCACAUAUGUGGAGAUAAAGAACUAUGUUCAGUUAAAGCCUCUGCAGCCUGGUGUUGUGACAUUGAAAGCAUAUGAUCUGUGUCUGACCUGCGUCGGCCCAGCUAGAGCACAGAUACACGUAUCAGACAUAUUAGAUUUUGAACUGGACCUUAUUCACAAGGUUGAAAUUGGAAAGUCCGUCCUAGUUCACGUGAGGAUCCUGGAUUUUUUCAAGCAGCCAUUGCUGAACAGAUACUUUCGCUACAUGGAUCUAAACCUCCAAGCUGCUUCCCCAAUUGUCAAAUUAGAGGGAUUUUCCAAUUUGGAUCAAUACGCUGUAAGUUACAUCAUGAAAGCUGUGGCUUUGGGGCAGACCACUCUUGUAGUGACUGUCAGGGAUAAAAAUGGUCGCAAGCUGAGUUCUGCUCCACGUCAAAUAGAAGUGUUCCCACCCUUCAGACUCAUCCCACGGACAGUGACCUUAAUCAUUGGUGGCAUGAUGCAGGUGAUGUCCGAAGGUGGUCCACAGCCACAGUCCAACAUUUAUUUUUCGAUCAGCAACCACAGCGUGGCCAAGGUAAAUGAUCUAGGCCAGCUGACUGCCUUGGUCGUGGGGACAGCCAAAGUGACAGGAAUCGUCCAGGCUGUUGACGAUGACACAGGGCGAGUGGUUGUGUUCUCCCAGGAUGAUGUGACAGUGGAAGUUGUUCAGCUGAAAGGGAUAAAAAUCCAUGCUCCAGUCACUAGAUUGAAGACAGGAACUCAGAUGCCAAUAUAUGUGAUGGGACUCACAAGCAGCCAAACCCCGUUUUCCUUUGGGAAUGCAGUGCCAGGUCUGACGUUUCACUGGAUAACAACAAAGCGGGAUGUUAUUGAGCUUGUCCCCAGACAUUUGGAGAUUACCUUACAGCUCUCACCAGAGCAGAAUUUUGCAAUGGUGAUACACAGCAUAGCUCAAGGGAAAACUGGUUUGAAAGUUACCGUAAAGACACUGAAUCCAUCUGCUGGACAGUUUGAAGGAAAUGUUGGCAGCUUUUAUGAUGAAAUCCAGAUGAUGGUCUUUGGGAAGCUCCAGCUCUUGCCUCUCUCUUUCCCAGCAGAGGAAAUAUUGAUGUCACCAAACACCCACCUAAAACUGCAGACCACUAGGGAUGGUGUGGCUUACGUCACCUAUGAAGUGCAAAAUUGUCAUAUUAAUAAUUCCGUGAUUAGGGAGGAUGGGAAUGGGAUCCUGAUAUCUGGACCCACUACUGGUUCUUCCACACUGAAAGUAACCGCACUUGAAUAUUUUGGACUCAACCAAACCAUUGUAACUGGAUUAAGGGUGACUCCAGUGGCUUAUCUCAGAAUUCAAUCCAGCCCUGCGUUAUAUGUAGCCAAAAACGAGGAGCUAACUGCUCUUCCUCUUGGAAUGACAUUAACUUUUACAGUUCAUUUUUAUGACCUUACUGGAGACAAGUUUCAUGCACAGAACACAGAGCUGUACUUAGCUAUAAACAGGGAUGAUCUAUUGCUGAUUGGACCUGGUACCAGGAAUAAUUCUUAUGUGGCUCAGGCUGCUAAUGUGGGAUUGACUCUGCUGGGAGUUUGGGAUAAGAAGCACCCAGGAAUUGCAGACUACAUCCCGAUACCCGUGCAAUAUGCAAUAUGGCCUAAUGUAACAACGCACGUGGUACUCAGUGAUGUGAUAUGUUUCACCAGCCCACUGGUGGAUCAGGAAGGUGAAGCUGGAGCCUGGCACUUGUCAACAACUGAUAUCCUACAGAUCGAUCCCACCUCAGGGUUGGUAGUGACGAGAAGUUCUGGGACAGCCACAGUCUAUUAUGAUAUUCCUGGAGUUGUCAGAACUUACAGAGAAAUCACAGUCACUGGUGUGGGAAAAGUCACCCUUUUCUUUCAUAACUUUACCCAUAUAAUUGGUCUUCCUAGUUCUCGCGUGUACAGUUUUUUUUUGACAACUAUGAACAGAGACAGCAGUCUGAGUGGAGACUGCAGUUCUGCUCAUAUGAAGUCUAUGGAAAUGCUAAAACCAGAAACAAACAUAGUCUGCACUGUGCAGUUUAGCAAUCCCAUGUUGGACAUUCUAACUCUCUCUGUUUUCACUGUGGAACCUGCAUUCGUUGCCGAUAAAGGGCAGUACAGCUGUAUCAUCACGAUAAAAGAGCUCUCAGAUUCUGUGCGCAGAGACUUGAGUACAGGAGACACGUUUGUAUCUGUGAAAGCAUCUGUGCUUGGAGGGCAUUACACAGGGCAAUGUGGAAGAACAGAGAUUAGUUUCAUCCCUGGAUUUUAUAUGAACGAGUUAGUUGUGAUUCUCAGCAGCAGGGAGCCUACCGCUAACAUCACUGUAUUUGGCAUAUAUAGAGUACUGAUUAAACUAGAGGUCCGCGCUGAGUCGUCGAGCAUUGUGGUGAGUGAACCGAUCCAGUCGCCUGCUGUCCCCAACAUGGUCACUUACACAUUGAGUACCACCAACUUCAGCCUGUUUCAGCAGGGACUGGGGUUAAGCAACGUCACUGUAGUCAGCACACUGACCGGCCAGGCGGUGGACGUGUUUGUCACAGUCCUACGGAACGGAGGAGGCGGUGGAGCUGGAGGAGAUGUACCUUGUGAAGAAUUGGGUUUCUUCGAUAAGCUGGUGGAAUCCUACCAGGUUUUGAUGUUCACAUUAUUUGCAGUAUUGGCUACAACUGCAAUCAUUUUUAUUGCGUAUAAUGCCUUUUUGACGAGGAUACAGACUAUCCCAGUAGUGUAUGUUUCUACACCAACACAGGCAGUUUACAAUUCUCGAUCUUCUCCACUUGUUUAUGAUCGGGCCCGAAGGCGUUCUCUACCAUCCUGGAUGUGGAGCACACGUUAACAAACACUUACAGGAAAGCAGGGCAGGCAGUCAUUGUUUAGCAGCUGUUACAGUAAGAAUUAUUUGUUUGUGUCAAUUGCAUUUACGAUUCUAACAGAAUGGAGUAAUGCCCUCUUAAAAUGUGACGUUUAGCAGCAGUCAAAUUGAAUUAUGACACUUGACUGCAUUUAAGACAGUUAUGUUAAAGAUUUUAAUUUUGGGUAUAUAUAGCAGAACAGAUCAUAAGUUUUUCUUGUAAUCCUUGCAUAAUUAUUCUGCAAAUAUUGCCUUCAUCAUCAGUCAUUGUUACUUUAUAACGUGCCUCAUGGGGAAAGUGUACUUUGUCAUUAUUGAAUGGCAUAAAUUAACAUGAUUUAAGAGCAUAAUUGGGUACAUGCUACGAUGUCAACCAAUUUACAUUGAAAAGCUGGAUAAACAAAAAAAAACACAGCAGUGGGUAGUGCUUCUUUUCUGCAAUUAAACUUUCAGUGACCACAGGACAUGGAUAGAUGAUAAUCAAUCAUUGAGCCCUCUAAAAGAACAGUAUUAUGCAUACAGAAUGCAGAUUGAGGUUUACUGUUGCAUUUUGCAAUUUUAGGUUAGUCAUAUUGUAGUCUUAAAUUGUUUGUUUCCUGUGUCUAAUUGAUUGAAUUCUCGAAUCUCUGCAGCACGAGUGAACUGUAGCUUACGGGCUUCUUGCUCUUAUGCAUGUUACCAGAAGGUUCGAUCUGGUUUAACAGAGAAACGUGAAGUUUUAAUUCUGAAAACUUUGUGAAACUGGCGCGAUUUGUUCCUAUUAUUGUGCAUACUUUAAAGUUGCCUGUUUACGUUUCAAUGGAAUAAAAUUUAGGGAA